AAUUAUGUAAAUGUGUGAGGGAUAUACUAGCGAGUUUUGUUGUCAUUUCUCGUGGAUCAGCUGUUUGAGACACAUUGAGAUCAUUUAGCUUGUGUAGCAGCAAGGUCUAGACGGGAUAUCGGCGUUUAUGGGUCGUCACUGCAGUCAUACUGUGCCUUUUCCCCAUUAUAGUGACUCUUCAUUAAUCAGGCAUCAUGACGAACACCAGAGGCAAGAGGAGGGGGACCAGGUACAUGUUCAGCAGGCCAUUCCGCAAGCAUGGCCCAAUCCCCCUGUCCACAUACAUGCGCAUCUACAAGAAAGGCGACAUCGUUGACAUCAAGGGCACAGGUACCAUUCAGAAGGGUAUGCCUCACAAGUGCUACCAUGGCAAGACGGGGCGUGUCUACAAUGUAACCCAGCAUGCUGUCGGCAUCAUUGUCAACAAGCAGGUCAAAGGCAAGAUCCUUGCCAAGAGGAUCAAUGUGCGCAUUGAGCAUGUGAAGCACUCAAAGAGCAGGGACAGUUUCCUGCAGCGCGUCAAAGAGAAUGAGAGCAAGAAGCUGGAGGCUAAGCAGAAAGGCAGCUGGGUGGAACUGAAGCGCCAGCCUGCUCCUCCCCGUGAGGCUCACUUCGUCAGCACCAAGAAAAACGAGCCACAGCUGCUGGAGCCCAUUCCCUACGAGUUCAUGGCAUAAAGUGCUCACCAGAAUAAAAAUAUUUGUACACACA